CGAUCAAUCAUUUCAGUAAUUGUCAUUCAUUUAGCGCCGCCACUCGAUACGAGGUGCAUGCGUGGCUUCCCCCUUUACUCAGCAAAUCUCUUCUACGAGACAGGAAUCAUUGGUAUUAAAUGCGAGUUACAUCAGUCUUAUAUCGCAAGCGUUCAAAGAAGGAUCAGAGAAUAUGGACCUGAGAUUGACCCUGGUAAUAGUGUUAACGGUACAGACAGGAAUAGAGGCAGCAUCCGUCCUGACCUUUGUACAUGAUCUCAUUCAGAAUAAUGUGGCAGGUGUACCAGUAAUACAUGAGAGGACGCAGUGGGAAUUUGAUCCUGAUCUUGGAAAACAGAGAAGGGUUCAAUUUGAAGCCUUGAAUGGAAAACUUGGAGAAGAUCUUAUUGCUAGGCUGGGUAUGGGAGUCGGAUUUAAAGGACCAUGGGGUACAGUCGUAGGAAGAAAUGGCGUUCGAUAAAAGUGGCGAAAGCGACUACGGCCUCGAACUUCCUUUACUUUCCCGUUCAUUUAAAUGGGUACGAAAUUCUGAUCAUGACCAACAGUUCACUUUCGACUCUCAUACGCAUAUUCAUUGAAUUCUUUGGAAUAGUGCAUAAGGAAUUAUAAUAAAAGAACUGUUCCCGUGGUUCAGUGAUACCAAUAA